CUCAUGUAAUAAAAUAUUUGUACCAAUAAGAGUCGAUCUAAAAAAAAUAAUGACUUUGGGACGACACCUGUCGCCAUAUUAACUUAAGUCUACUUUUGUAACUUUGAUAUAAGAGAGAGGUCUUUGUCAUCUCACUAUUAUUUCCACAAUCCACACCAACCAUAACCCGGAGUCCAGGACCUCUCUUACUGGACCUCGUCAAUGGCUUCCAUAUCCAUGUCGACCGUAUCAGCCCCAACUUUCAUCAACACUGAUUCCUUGCGCUCCCUCAUCUCUCAUCGCAGUCUGAUCGAUCAUUUUCAUUGCUCUCUGCCCAAAGCCUCAUCUUCCCUCUGUAACCCAAUUCGCCAAAGCCAUGACGUUUCACCCACUUCAUCUCUCCUCCUCAUGCCAUCUUGGUCCACUUCUCCUUCUCUGCCUUACAUAGGGGUCAAGCUAGUGACUUUCUUCCCAGAUAACUCUGCACUGAACUUACCCGGAGUACACGCCAGUUACGUGCUCUUCAGCUCCACAAAUGGGCAACCCUUGGCCUCCAUGGACGGAACCGAACUAACCCUUAUCAGAACUUCAUGUGUUUCAGGCUUAGCUUCGAGGAUUUUGGCCAGAAGCGAUAGCCAAGUCCUGGUGAUGAUCGGUGCUGGGGCUAUGGCACCACAUCUGAUUAGAUCCCAUCUCGUGGCAAGACCCAGUUUGAAGAAAGUUGUAAUCUGGAACCGUACGGUGGAAAAGGCAAGAAAAUUGGCCGAGAAAAUGAAAGAAAGUGUGGGACUUGAUGGGGUUUGUUUCGAGAGCAGUGGGUGUUUGGAUGAAGUGAUUGAGAUGGGAGAUAUUGUGAGCUGCGCAACAAACUCAGAGGUUCCGCUUGUGAAGGGCCAGAAGCUGAAACCAGGGGCUCAUCUUGACUUGGUUGGCUCAUUCAAACACUCUAUGAGGGAGUGUGAUGAUGAGGCUAUAAAGAGAGGACGAGUCUUUGUGGACAAUGAGGCUGCUUUAGUGGAGGCAGGUGAGUUGGUGGGUGCUUUUGAGAGAGGUGUGAUUGAGAAAAAAGACAUUGGAGGAGACUUGGUAGAACUCAUAACAGGAGAGAAGAUUGGGAGAAGCAGUUCUGAAGAGAUUACUGUUUUUAAGUCUGUUGGAUCAGCUGUGGUUGAUAUUCUAGCAGCUCAAUUGGCUUAUGAGACCUAUAUGCAGCAACACAAGUAGAUAACAUCAUUUGUUUUGUUGCUAUUUCUUGAUAUCUUUUUAAUCUUUUAGCGUCCCCAAUAUGAGCUUGCGUUUUAAUCUCCUGGCAUAUAAAUGCAGCUCUUAAUAACAUAUCGUCUUCUCAUGAAGACAUAUUUUUUCCCUUGGGACAA